AUGGCUCCAUUCUCGGGGGACGGGGUACUAUGGCUUUGCCUGGGUGUGUCUCUUUUCUUCGCCGUACGCGGCAUUGCUACGGACCUACGCCAAGUGGUGGAUCUAACCCAGAUCAAGCAAGUUGAGAGGGAAGACAAGAUCAUCAGUGAAGGAACGGAAGAAGCUUUGAAACUAAAUACUCUGCUCAAGCUCUCUGAGAGCACGAGUCACGACCUCCGAUCUGCAGCCUUGCGCAUAAUCUCGGAACGAUCAACUAAGGGUGAAACACGCGACUUACUGUUAGAAGACCUGGCAUGCAAGGACAAUAAAGUACGGCAAAGUAGGGCGCUAACAGCCCUCCACUUUCUUGUCACAAACCGAGCAUUAUCCCGAACCUCGGUCUGCACCCGACUCCGAGAUGUUGAGACUUACAUGGCUUUGGUAAAUUGUCUAUGCAAUUUCCUGGAAGAACAUAACGAGCAAACAUCCGCGACGAACUCGCCCAUCCUACCCAAGACUAGGCCUAUGGGGGAGAAGAAAGCCCUCCAAGUCUUGAACAUACUUCUACCAGAGAACCUUCCUAGCGCGUUGGACGCGGGACUUAUCAGCCGGUGGCUGAGCAAAUAUCCAUUUCCAUGUGCAUUGGGCGAGUCAUCACGUCGACAGGAUGUAGUGCUUCUGAUGAAAACCUGGUGGGCCGAUGACGUGGUCAUGAGCUCCAUUUUUGGCACAUUGGCCACACACCCGGAUGGGAUCAAACAGCUCCGAAAAUAUGGGCUAAUGGGCAGCAUGAUCGAAGAGAAUGACCAGGAUGAUGACGAUGAUGCGGACAGCGAUGUCUGGAUGGUAGACGGGGAUGACACAGCUGGUUCAUUUCGCCCAACUUCCGCGAGAAGGCUUCGGGAGGAUAGCGCAGAAGAGCAAGCACUGCGCCGACGGCGAAGAGAAGCCAUGGUUCUCAGUGAAGGGGGUCGGCCCUUGGGGAAUGACGAUAUUAUACAGCGGCCGAUUUCAGAAUGA